AUGGGUGGCGCAAUCGCGUGCAUGGCACGUGCUGAUCGCGUCCUGCAAGAGAACAGUAAUCCCGAUCCUGUGAUGUAUCUCAUUACCGGCCGGCGUCAAACUUGUCAGCACAAAGGAAGUGAUGAGGAUAAAGUAACUGGUGGAGACGAGCUUAAAAAGAUGAAAGUUGGAAAAUGUUAG